AUGUUUGAUGGUGACAGUGGCGGGUCGUCUCCCUCACACAACGACCAGGAGAACACGGUGUUGCGCAGGAAGAAGAAGCGACGAUGUCUAAUGGCGCAGAUGCAGCAGCGCCAGGCGGCCAACAUGCGCGAGAGGAAGCGCAUGCAGAGUAUCAACGACGCAUUUGAGGGCCUGCGUGCGCACAUCCCCACACUCCCAUACGAAAAACGUCUGUCCAAGGUGGACACUCUGCGUCUGGCGAUCGGUUACAUCAGUUUCCUGGCGGAGCUGGUGGCGAGCGACCGUGCGCCUGACCCUCACCUCCACCCACCCAACCACAACGACGCCAACAGGAAGGUCAUUGUACGCAGCUCCAGAAGUAAGUGA